AUGGACUCGACAGAGCUAUUCACUGUGGACGACAAAGAAAGGACGUGCCAUAGCUUCUUCAAAAAAGGAGAUGAUGCUCUACAAGACGGAGACUUGCAAACUGCUGAACACCACUUCGCAGCCGGGUUGAAGAUCUUCCACAGGAGCACCGGCACAUCCUGGCCACUACGUCUGAGCAAAGAGGCAGAAGGUCUUCAGAAACUCGGAGACGUCUACAAGGAACGUGGAAGACAGGGAGGGGAUGGAAGAGACUUCACAAAGGCUGUAGCUCUGUACAAUGCAGCUCUGGUCAGGUCAGAUAGUGAGUCGACAAAGGGUACCCUUCUGAAGUUUAUCAAAGAGGUAGAAGGAUGUUUCAUUCAAACAUUCACAGACCACCCUUCAGAGCCAAGUCCAUAUGAGUUAGACGGCAAGAAACACAGAGAGCUCCUGUACACGCACCGUGCCUGGGUAGAGACGGAACUGAAAACUAUAGAUGAAGAGUUCGAUCCUGAAAAUUAUGACACUGAUGAUGAUGAUAUUAAGGUCAGAGAGUUCGAAAGUCAAAGGGCAGAUGCAGUCAGGGCGAUGUUUGCUAAGAUAGCUGAAGAUAGAAAACAGUUGCUACAGACCAUGUUAUUUAAGUGUAUUGAUGUACUAGGCCCCACUCCUUGUCCAUAUGCUGUUAUAGGUCUAGGUUCACAGGCCACACAGCUCGUCACUCCGUAUUCUGAUCUGGAGUUUGCAAUUCUGAUUGAAGAGGGCAAAGAUAGUGAUGCGAACAAACAAUAUUUCAGAAACCUCACAAAUCUUCUGCACAUCAAAGUUAUCAACCUCGGGGAAACCAUCCUCCCAGCCAUGGCUAUCAAGUCGCUAAAUGACUUUACAUCGUCAAAUCCUGAUGACAACUGGUUCUAUGACGACAUAACCCCACGGGGGAUGUCGUUUGAUGGGUCCAUGCCAUGGGCAAGCAAAACCCCACUGGGUAGAGACAAAACACUGCACAAACCUAAAGUUGAACUCAUCGACACUCCUGCAAACAUGGCGAAGUAUCAACAGGAGGACAUCUCCUUGGCAGAGGGGUACAACUUGGCCUCAGUCCUAAGGAACGCGUGCCUUCUAAAUGGAAGUCAGACACUGGUAGAAGAGUAUCAGUGUUCCAUGGAGGCAAGAUUUGCUCAAUUGAGUCCAACAGAAAACAUGUCUGCAGCCAUCAAACAAGGUCAGGUACAACUUCGCCAAGACAUUGGCAAGUUCGAAGGGUAUCAGAUAACAGAGAGAAUUAUAAACGUGAAGAAAGAGAUGUAUCGCUUUCCGACUGUGAUGAUAGACACCCUUGCACUGUGCAUGGAGAUCCCGCCAGCAAAUCUUUGGAACACCCUAGACAAAAUGAAGUUUAGUCAGAAGAUUAGUGCUGACAACGCUCAUCAUCUUAAGGUCCUACUCAGCAUUUCAGCAGAGUUGCGUCUGAGGACAUACAUGACAAACAAGGGCCAGAAAGAAAGUAUGUCUGCCUUAACACAAGCAUUGUACCGGGAAUCAGAUGACGAUGAGAUCAGUGUUGUAAGGUCCGUCUUCUCGUGUGAUUGGAGGCAAUUACUUAGAUACCAAUACACAGCUGUGCCAUUGAAGAAGCUUCUGUCAAAGUUAUCUGUUGAACAUGUAUCGUCAUGCAUCGACCAAUUCCUGACUACCUCGCUCUGCCAGAGGUCUUUAGAGGCCAAGGCUGAAGCUUGCAUGGCUCUAUCGUUAAACCAUCGAGCAAUUUCUCACCUGGAGAAAUAUCUCGAUCAGAUAAAAGCAGCAGAAUGUUCAAGUCAUACUGACAUUGCUUCAGCUCUGGCGAACCUUGGGUCAGCAUGGAGUGGGUUGGCCGAGUAUGAGAAAGCAAUCAAAUACUAUGAGCAGGCUUUAGAGAUGUUAGGACAUGAUAGCAGUGACACAGAAACUGCUACCUUACUGAACAACCUGGGAGUGACAUGGGAGAAACUGGGACAUCACAGAACAGCCCUAAGUUACCACGAAAGAGCACUGCGAUCUUGA